UUUUUCGGAUAAAAUAAAAAAACUUCUUCAAACACUUCAACAACAUUCAAGAUUCUAUAGUAUAUAAUGAAGCGAAAGCGUGAAAAUAAUCCAAUUGACGAUUUAACGAUAUCAAAAGGAAAGAAGACUUUAACGAAUGUGGAUCAUGAUACACCUACUUUGACGACGUUUGUUUCAACUUCACGUGCUUUUACGCCAUUUGCUUCUACUACCUCUAUAUCACUUGCUUGUACAAAAAAAAAGCGUAACUUGAUCAACUUUAGAAUGGAAAUAGCAAGCAAUACAGUGGAAGAAACGAAUACAGUAAAACAUAAACUCUUAAUGAAGGGUGAAGAAGUUCUGAUUAUAAGUCAGAAUGAUGUCUACUCCAUCUUUACCGUCAUCACUGGUAAAGGCAAAAAGUCUCCCAGUUAUAUUCAACAAUACUUUAUUGAGUUUUGCAAUGAAUGUGAAAUUGAUGACACAAUCCUACGAUCCCUCAAGACUGAAGCAGAAAUCCGUAUGGCCGCCAUUUGUCGAAAAAAAAAUCAACAUUUUGAAGAGAUUGUACAAAAGAUGGAGUCAUUAUGAUCUAGCUAUCAAGCAUUAAGCUGUAACUCAGAAGAUCUGUACUCUCAAUCACAUCAAUUCUUUAAAUGGCUUUUUUUACCUUCAGUAAAAAAAUAAGUGAAAAGGUGUACAUGAUGGAAGAAAAACCAGCCACCGUUGCUUCCAAGUCCUACAUUUAUAGGAAGUCAAAAGAACUAACGUUUACUUCAAUACUCAAUAGAAGAAGCUUCAAAUCUUUGCAGGAACAAGUUCUGCAAAGCAUUAAUUCAAAUGUUCCACUUAUCCUUGGGCGGAAAUUAUCCAAAGUCAAGCCUCAUUUACCUGCUCUGGAAACGUUUGUCACAAGUGUCAAGUCAAGAAUUGCUGAUGUAACAUUCACACUUGAAAAAUAUAUGGAUAAACGUGGCUACCGGUUUUUCACUCUAUUACCGAUCUAUUCAUUUGAAACAAAGUCGGUCCAAAUAGAUGCUAUAGCUUUUUGGCGACUAGUGAAGGAAUCUAAUAUUGAAAAUUAC